AUGGCUCACGACUUCGAGCUCUACUCCAACCCUCAAGAGCAGCAUCUAGAGUUUCACCACAACCAACCUUAUGUGCCUGCCUCAACAUAUGCCAUGGAGCACGCCUUCAGCGCUCCCUUUGACCCAAUGGCUACUCUUGCAGACCUCCAACGGCCACAAGAUCUGCAAUACCACUACGAUGCCAUCGCACAAGGUGUCAAGCCAUAUCAGUAUCAAACCCCAGCAGGCUCUCCACAUUCCACUUCACAUUCUUUCCACGAAAUCCCCCCUGUUCUUUCGGCAUCUUCCGAAUCUGGCGCUUCAGUGUCGUCUUCUGCAAUGGGCUCCCCAUCACUUGUUCCGCAAUUUAACGAGUCCUGGCACACACUGGGACUCGGUGUCUCUUCUGGCUAUGACUACUCAGGGAUGGUAGCGGCUGAUAAGUCGUAUGUGGAUCCUAAUCUCAUUCAGCCCUUCCCAUUCGCACCUCAGAGCCCAUACCCUGAGAUUAGGGCUACUCCAUCUCCCUACUUCCCCAUUGUCGAGCAGCCGCCUUCCCCAGCUCUCUCUCAACUCUCAUCGCGCACCCAGAGUCCCGGUUCGGCACACAUUAAAGGGGGUAGCGCUAGCCCAUACCUACACACUCAACGAUAUCAGCCUUACCCUCAACCUGGCGGACAACGGCGAGGCUCCGUCGUCUCUGUCCAAUCACAAAACUCAGGCACCAGCCGCAAGAGCGGAAGCAGCUAUGACAAGGAUGAGACCCGCGAAAAGGGCAUGUGCCCACUGCCCGAGUGUGGACGCGUCUUCAAAGACCUGAAGGCGCACAUGCUCACACACCGUGCUGAACGACCAGAGAAAUGCCCUAUCGCGACCUGCGAAUACUACUCGAAGGGUUUCGCAAGGAAGUAUGAUAAGAAUCGCCACACACUCACACACUACAAGGGUACCAUGGUCUGCGGCUUCUGUCCAGGUAGCGGUUCAGCGGCUGAGAAGUCGUUCAACCGCGCUGAUGUCUUCAAGAGGCAUCUUACAUCUGUUCACGGUGUCGAGCAGAACCCUCCCAACAGCCGCAAGAAGAGCCCAUCUGGCCGCAAGGCUUUCGGUGGCUCGCAGCCCAGUGUUGCUGGUACUUGCUCCACUUGCUCGGUCACCUUUGCCAACGCGCAAGAGUUCUACGAACACUUGGACGACUGUGUGCUCCGCGUCGUUCAGCAAACCGAUCCCAGCGAGGCCAUCAACCAACGCCUGCUCACAUCGGUUGCAGAGGACCCAGAUGUCACCGAGACACUUGACCGCAAUGGUCUGUCUAAGAGCAUCGAGUACACUGUCCCCAGCUACGACGAAGACGAAGAGGAUGACUUCGAGGAAGAUGAGGUCGACAAUGACGACCACGAGGAUGCCACUUACGGCUCUCGUCGCGCUCGCUCCGGCAAGGGCGCAAUCAAGUCCUCCAAACAACAUUGA